AUGGCGUCAUCCCCUUCCCCAGAUCUUGUUGAUCGCCUCGCAAAGGUUUACAACCUUGUGUCAUCCGCCGCCUCGUGGACUGCGGACAAUCAGAAUACGAAGAAAAUCCACCUCAUGCAUCAUACUAAAAAACUUCAUAAACUCCUCGACAGCAAGCCGUCAUCCCCCUACUUCUCACCAGAACACCUUGGAAAAGCGAUCCACAAGUGGCUCAAGUCCGAUGCUGCGGGGUAUCGCAAGGACCCAUUAUCGAUACCCGUCGAAAUCUUCUCAUUUGACGCAACAUACUCUGAACUUCCACCACUACUCGCCGCCGCCGGUGUGAAGUCGACAUUAAAUGCCGGCAAGACAUUGAAGAACGCAGAUCAGGGCUCGAAGGAGGAGGACAAGAAGGGGAAAGGCGAGGACAAGAAUGUCGAGCAAACACUAUCUAGCUAA